UACGCACUAUUAUCGUCACAAUUAGAGCCAUUCAGAAAGAUGAAUCAUUGCUGCCAGUCUUACCAGCGCACUUGACGCACUACUCGGGACGCUGUUCAGUAUUGGUGAAGAACCGCUGCCGCCUUAUACUUAUUGACACUUCUUGUCUCUGCGGUCUUGGAAGUCGACUGUCUCAGGAUGUCUUCUUAUUGCUACUUGUUGCUCUUGCUGGCCACCUUCUCUGCCGUCGUUACGGCACAACGACCUUCUUUCGGACGGUGUCCAUCGAUGAACAAUCUGCCAGCAGUUGAACUUCAUAAGCUGAAAGGUCAAUGGUAUGAAGUCGAAAGAAGCUUCUACAUGUUUGAAUUGCACCGCAAAUGCAUCGGCGUCUACAUUCAGCCCCAAGGGAAAGUUGCCAAGCUCACGACCACCUUCAAAAACAGGAUCACCGACAACAGUGGAACGGACCAGGCCACAGCCACUCAGUACGGAAACAACUCGCCUAAGCUUCGUCUGAUUGUCGAAGGAUCCAUGUCUGAUCCGAUCAGGAGAGUGCUUCCUGGCUCUGGUGAUUACUUCAUUCUUACUACCGACUAUGACAACUACGCGGUCAUCUACAGCUGCUCCAACAUGGCUUCGUUAUUGCACGCAGACCUCGUCUGGGUGUUGUCGAGGGAGCGGGAACUGUCUCCCAAAUUCAGAGUCGACAUUUACGACGCUAUGAUCAAGCAUGGGCUUAAAAGUGAUAUCCUCACCCUGACAAACCAGAAGGAUUGCUCGUAAAUGGUGUCAUUAUAAAGAAAAGUCGUAUUCUUAUUAUGUGUUACCAGUCGAAUCUCGAUUUUUACACCUUUUUAGAAUCUCAAUUGACUAUACCAUGGGUUGCUGCUUUUAUUAUUAUAAUUGUAUGUUCACAUUCCAUUCAGAAAAGAGUAUUAUGGCGCCAAAGCUAGUUUUGUUCUUAUUGGGUAAUAAUAAAAGAAUUUUUUAUAACAUCCAAAAAA